AUGAGAAACUAUUGUAUCGACGCAGAUCUGCAUGCAACAAUUCGCCAUAAAAAUCCGAAGGAUCCAGAGCCUGACUCGAACGCAGAGCGAUUAGUGAAGGAGACUUACAAGGAUGUUAUCUUCUCAAACAAGAAGUACUGGGAUGGGGCUGGAACUGAGAAGAUUCGCCAACAUUUUGCCGAGUAUCUAGAUGCAAGCAAGGGUCGAGGCUAUCGUUUUGAAGGGUGCCUUAUGAUAGAUGAGCCGUCGCUGAAAUCGAUUGUUGCAACCGUCAUUCCUGAGCCCUGGCUCGGCGGAAGGGGCAGUCAAACACCUGAUCCACCUCAGGGCUAUGUUAAUAUGAUUGACGGGCGCUAUACUGGAAAUGAGUCGAGAUAUAGCGGCUUUAUGCGUGUGGAAAUUGGUCCUCUAUGGUGGCUGUAUCUGAAUUUGAAAUGGAGUACCAUGUCACAAGUAUGUCCCACUGUUCCCGAGGGCUUAAUCCCUGUUUAUGAUGGUGGAGAUGGCAAAGCACAGGAUGAAGAGGGAAAUUUUCACCAAAUGCCGAUAGAUCGAGACGUGCGGUGA